GAGGAGGAGGAGGCGGCCCGCGACGACCGCCGCGACGGAGCGGAGGCCCCGGCGCCAGGCAGGCCCCGACAGACCCCGUUCGCCUCAGACAAAGGGGAGACGACGACGACGACGACGACUACGACUACCAGGAGGACGCCCCCCCACCGACAGCCCCCGGCCCCUUCCAGGGCGACUCUGAAUAUGUCGGGCAUCGCGCUCAGCCGACUGGCCCAGGAGAGGAAAGCUUGGAGGAAAGACCACCCGUUUGGAUUUGUGGCAGUGCCGACCAAAAAUCCAGACGGGACGAUGAAUCUCAUGAACUGGGAGUGUGCCAUUCCUGGGAAGAAAGGGACACCAUGGGAAGGAGGGUUAUUUAAGCUGCGGAUGCUUUUUAAGGACGACUACCCGUCUUCGCCGCCGAAAUGUAAAUUCGAACCACCUCUAUUCCAUCCAAAUGUGUAUCCUUCAGGCACAGUUUGCCUGUCCAUCUUAGAGGAGGACAAGGAUUGGCGGCCAGCAAUCACAAUUAAACAGAUCUUGUUAGGAAUACAGGAGCUUCUAAACGAACCAAACAUCCAAGACCCAGCGCAAGCAGAGGCGUACACAAUCUACUGCCAAAACAGAGUCGAAUACGAAAAGAGGGUCCGAGCACAAGCCAAGAAGUUUGCCCCCUCAUAAGCAUCAACCUUGUGACAUCCUGAGAAGGAAGGGAUCGGUUUGGCAAGAACUUGUUUACAGAAUUUUUUGCAGAAUCUAAUGUCGCUCUGUACAAUUACUCUUCACUUUGGGCGGGCGGGGUG